UGGGCGGCUCGGCAGCCCGAGCGGUGGCGGAGCGGCGAGCAGCGAGCAGCGCCUGCGGGAGCGGCCGGUCGGUCGGGUCCCCGCGCCCCGCACGCCCGCACGCCCGGCCGGGCCCGCAUUGAGCAUGGGCGCGGCGGCCGUGCGCUGGCACUUGUACGUGCUGCUGGCCCUGGGCGUGCGCGGGCGCCUGGCGGGGGGCAGCGGGCCCCCAGGGUCAGUCGACGUGGACGAAUGCUCGGAGGGCACGGAUGACUGCCACAUCGAUGCCAUCUGUCAGAACACGCCCAAGUCCUACAAAUGCCUCUGCAAGCCCGGCUACAAGGGGGAAGGCAGGCAGUGUGAAGACAUUGAUGAGUGUGAGAAUGACUACUACAACGGGGGCUGUGUCCACGAGUGCAUCAACAUCCCGGGGAACUACAGGUGCACAUGCUUUGAUGGCUUCAUGCUGGCACACGACGGACACAACUGCCUGGAUGUGGACGAGUGUCAGGACAAUAAUGGUGGCUGCCAGCAGAUCUGCGUCAACACCAUGGGCAGCUACGAGUGUCAGUGCCACAGUGGCUUCUUCCUCAGUGACAACCAGCAUACCUGCAUCCACCGCUCCAAUGAGGGUAUGAACUGCAUGAACAAAGACCAUGGCUGUGCCCACAUCUGCCGGGAGACGCCCAAAGGUGGGGUGGCCUGCGACUGCAGGCCCGGCUUUGACCUUGCCCAAAACCAGAAGGACUGCACACUAACCUGUAACUAUGGAAACGGAGGCUGCCAGCACAGCUGUGAGGACACAGACACGGGCCCCAUGUGUGGUUGCCACCAGAAGUACGCCCUCCACUCAGACGGUCGCACGUGCAUCGAGAAGGAUGAGGCUGCAAUUGAGCGCUCUCAGUUCAAUGCCACGUCAGUAGCUGAUGUGGACAAGCGGGUGAAACGGCGGCUACUCAUGGAGACGUGCGCGGUCAAUAACGGAGGCUGCGACCGGACUUGCAAGGACACGGCCACUGGCGUGCGAUGUAGCUGCCCCGUUGGAUUCACGCUGCAGCCGGACGGGAAGACGUGCAAAGACAUCAACGAGUGCCUGGUCAACAACGGGGGCUGCGAUCACUUCUGCCGCAACACGGUGGGCAGCUUCGAGUGCAGCUGCCAGAAGGGCUACAAGCUGCUCACGGACGAGCGCACCUGCCAGGACAUCGAUGAGUGCUCCUUCGAGCGGACCUGUGACCACGUCUGCACCAACUCCCCGGGCAGCUUCCAGUGCCUGUGUCACCGCGGCUACAUCCUCUACGGGACGACCCACUGCGGAGAUGUGGACGAGUGCAGCAUGGACAACGGGAGCUGUGGCCAGGGCUGUGUCAAUACCAAGGGCAGCUACCAAUGUUUCUGUCCCCCGGGGAGGUGGCUCCACUGGAACCGGAAAGACUGCAUGGAGACAGGCAGGUGUCUUUCUCGGGCUAAGACCUCCCCCCGGGCCCAGCUGUCCUGCAGCAAAGUGGGCGGUGUGGAGAGCUGCUUCCUUUCCUGCCCGGCCCACACACUCUUCGUGCCAGACUCGGAAAACAGCUACGUCCUGAGCUGCGGCGUUCCAGGGCUACAGGGCAAGGCACUGCAGAAACGCAACGGCACCAGCUCUGGCCUCGGGCCCAGCUGCUCAGAUUCCCCCACCACCCCCAUCAAACAGAAGGCCCGCUUCAAGAUCCGAGAUGCCAAGUGCCACCUCCAGCCCCACAGGCAGGCACGAGCAAAGGAGACCACCAGGCAGCCACUGCUGGACCACUGCCACGUGACUUUCGUGACCCUCAAGUGUGACUCCUCCAAGAAGAGGCGCCGUGGCCGCAAGUCCCCAUCCAAGGAGCUGUCCCACAUCACAGCAGAGUUUGAGAUCGAGACCAGGAUGGAAGAGGCCUCAGACACAUGUGAAGCGGACUGCCUGCGGAAGCGAGCAGAGCAGAGCUUGCAGGCUGCCAUCAAAACCCUGCGGAAGACCAUCGGCCGGCAGCACUUCUAUGUCCAGGUCUCAGGCACUGAGUACGAGGUAGCCCAGAGGCCAGCCAAGGCCCUGGAGGGUCAGGGGAUGUGCAGCGCAGGCCAGGUGCUACAGGACAGCAAAUGCGUUGCCUGCGGGCCUGGCACCCACUUCAGUGGUGAGCUCGGCCAGUGUGUGCCAUGCUUGCCAGGGACAUACCAGGACAGAGAAGGCCAGCUCAGUUGCACACCGUGCCCCAGCAGCGACGGGCUUAGUCUGGCUGGUGCCCGCAAUGUCGCGGAAUGUGGAGGCCAGUGCCCUCCAGGGUUCUUCUCAACUGAUGGCUUCAAGCCCUGCCAGGCCUGCCCCAUGGGCACGUACCAGCCCGAGCCCGGGCGCACCGGCUGCUUCCCCUGCGGAGGGGAUUUGCUCACCAAGCACGAAGGUACUACCUUCUUCCAGGACUGCGAGGCUAAAGUGCACUGCUCCCCCGGCCACCACUACAAUACCACCACCCACCGCUGCGUCCGCUGCCCGGUCGGCACCUACCAGCCAGAGUUUGGCCAGAACCACUGCAUCACCUGUCCAGGCAGCACCAGCACGGACUUCGAUGGCUCCACCAACGUCACGCACUGCAAAAACCAGCACUGUGGUGGCGAGCUUGGUGACUACACGGGCUACAUCGAGUCCCCCAACUACCCUGGCGACUACCCAGCCAACGCGGAAUGCGUCUGGCACAUCGCGCCACCCCCGAAGCGCAGGAUCCUCAUCGUGGUCCCUGAGAUCUUCCUGCCCAUCGAGGAUGAGUGUGGUGACGUUCUGGUCAUGAGGAAGAACGCCUCACCCACAUCCGUCACCACCUACGAGACCUGCCAGACCUACGAGAGGCCCAUUGCCUUCACCUCCCGCUCCCGGAAGCUCUGGAUCCAGUUCAAAUCCAAUGAAGGCAACAGUGGCAAAGGCUUCCAGGUGCCCUAUGUCACCUACGACGAGGACUACCAGCAACUCAUAGAGGACAUCGUGCGCGAUGGGCGCCUGUACGCCUCAGAGAACCAUCAGGAGAUUUUGAAAGACAAGAAGCUAAUCAAGGCCCUGUUUGACGUGCUGGCCCAUCCCCAGAACUACUUCAAGUACACAGCCCAGGAGUCCAAGGAGAUGUUUCCACGGUCCUUCAUCAAACUGCUGCGCUCCAAAGUGUCUCGGUUUCUGCGGCCCUACAAAUAACCGGGGGGAGUGGCCCUGCCUGGGGCUGGCCUGGUCCAUGGAGGGUGCACCUGCCCUCCACAGCGGGAGCUGCACAGGCCUCUACAUGGCCUUGGGAACCCCAUGGCACUCCCCUUCAGGGAAGCUGACCAGCCCGUGGAGACCAAGCCCAGGCACCCUUCAGACCCGCCACCCCAGUGGGAGCACCCUGCUUCAGGAAGCCUCCCUCCCUCCCUCUGCCUCCCUCCUAGGACACCAAGAGCACCCUCUCCUGAGUCCUGGCGUACCGACUGCAAGUAGCAGGAUUGCAGGACCCUCUGCCUGGUGUUUGAGGAUCCGGAAGGCGUGGUCUCCGAGACAGGAGGCCAGGCGGAGGGAGGAGGGGGCCAAGGUGCCAUUGGGGGAGGUGGAUGAGCCUGUGCCAUCAUCCUCAGGCCCCACGCUCUGCCAACUCCUCCAGCCACAGGCAAGGCCACCGCUCCCAGGAUUCUGUGAUGGGGCGGAACAGAGCUGCUAGGGGAGGAGACUGUAGGUUUCUGCUUUCCUUCGACAGAACAUUUAAUGAAGUACUCUCUCUAUAUAUAAAUAUAAAGAUAAAAUAUAUAUAUAUACUUCUAUUUGUGGGUAUUUUAGGAAAAUGCUCUUUGGUUACUGUAAAUAUGAAUCGUGACCCCAUCCCUUCCCGCAUGAGGCCAGAGAGUCCCAGCAGCUCUAAGCCUCCCUGAAUGAUUAAACAACUCCUCCCAGCCUUUGCCCUGCUGUCUCUGUGAGGCCGGGAACCCGCAGGGCUCGGGGAGCAGCUUGCCUUGGACUUGCUUCAGAACGGGAAUUCUUCAAGAACUGGGCUUGGAGGCUCUGCUGGAGUAUCGGCUCGGCCCCAGUCCCCUUGCCAGUAACAUCACUGCCCUCGGACGAGACUCGGUGGAAGACACUUUCCCCUUGGACCCGUUCCUAGGAGGUGCAGGGGCCCAGCAAUAAACCACAGAAGGGGCCUUGGCUCUAACCCUGUGGCAGUGACCUCGGGGUCCGUACUGUGCCCACGUGUCACCAGGAAGCAAGGCCUUGCUCACAGGAGCACAGGCUGUGCUACUUCAAGGGGCCUCAGAGCAGCCAGUGAGGGAAGGAAGAGAGCAGAGCUGACAGAGUCAGAGGCCUGGCUCCCAGCACAGCCUCCUCUCGCUACACUAUGCUGUCCCCACUCAGAGGGAAACCUCUUUCCUUUCAUGUCAAGGAAAGAUGCUUAAUUGACUCCCAGUUCCACAUGGCUGGGGAGGCUUCAGGAAACUUGCAAUCAUGGCAGAAGAUGAAGGGGAAGCAAAAACGUCUUCACAAGGCGGCAGGGGAGAGAAGUGAGGAAUGCCGGGAGAAAGAGUAGUCGGCUGUGACCGAGUGCCUGCGUCCCACCCAGCCGGGAGGUCAGCACUGGGAUGGAGCCAGCAGAACUCAGGUCCAGGAGGCCUCGCCUGCUCGUCAUCUGCCUGCGGGCUGUGGACCUGCAUGGAAAAUGGUCUGUAUUUUUCAAGUUAAGAAAUACUGAAAAUCCCAAGUAGCAUGGGAGAAUCUUAAAACGAACUCCAGUCUUCAGCUCAAAGUUGCCUCUGAGGUUCCUCCUGGUCACCCCCAGGCCCAGCCUGGCUGCCGAGAACCGAGCAUGGUUUGAGAGGCUGUGGCACACUGAGCACUGCAGAGAUGGAGGCAGGCAAGUGAGGUCCCUCUAGGCUUGGUGACAAAGGAGGCAGGUCAUCACAUGUUCUACAGCCCGAAAGAGGGCUCGGAGCUCAGGAAUUCCGUGUGCCCGCAGCAGUGUGGUCCCCAGCCUGGCUGCUGCUGCCAUCAGCCACCUUGUCUGCUGAAGUCCAACUCAAGCUGGAGAGAGUGGAGCCUCUGCACUUGGUGGAUAGGACAGUGUCCACUAACAAGCCAUGCUGGGGGCCACACUGCCCCUCCUCUGGUCACAGUCUUCGCAGGCCAGCCCUGGUUUCUGGGAAGAGGCCUCCCUCCCUCCCUUUGUCAAGCUAUCAGUCAUCCCCAAGAUGAGAGAGGAGUAUCCUUCUGAAUGAGCCUGAGCAACAGCUUCUGAGGGGAUGCCAGGAGGGGUGUCACCUCUUCAUGAGUGUGCUCCAAAGAAACGGAACCCAGAAGACAUAGAUGUAGAUAUGUGAGGGGCUGCAUUACAGGAACUGGCUCGCGGAUUUCUAGAGGCCAAGAAGUUCCACGAUCUGCCAUCUGCCAACUGGAGCCCAGGAGAAGCCACACCCUAACUCAGUCUGAGUUCAAAGCCUGAGAAGCCAGGGGUCACCCUGUGAGUCCCAGCAUCCAGUGCCCCGAGAACCAGGAUGAUGGCUGUCCCAGCUCCAAGAGAGAGGAUUCUCCCUUCCUCCACCUUCUGUCCUAUCUGGGCCCUCAACAGAUUGGAUGGAGUGAAUGUCUUCACUUAGAUGCUAACCUCUUCUGGAAAUGCCCUCAUGUUUUCCCAGCUAGCUGGGUCUCCCUUCACCCAGCCAAGACAACCAUGAAAUCAACCAUCACAUUUAAGGGUUUUUACAUCCUUUCCAAAAACAGAAAGAACUCUUCAUCUCUCCGAGCUCUUUCUGCAGUUCCUUUGGGUGGUUUCUGAAAGUUGCCACCCACAUACCCACAGAUCCACUGCGCACCGCCCCCCUCCCCAUGUUCCACAACUCGCCAUGGUGGUCAGACCCUGCCCAGCAUGCCCGGGGCAGAGUUGGAUGGGCAGGUGCAGAUGCGGCCCAGCCUUCAUCCUGCUCUUCCUUGAAAGCCAUUCUGUAGCUCCCAGCCAUGAGAGCCCAUGAGGAGUGUGAGGGUGCCAGCAGCCCCUCUGGGCCUCCCACACCAUCUGGGUGACUUGAAGUCCAGGGCUGGACACUGUCUUGAGCCUCCACAUUGGCCUCAUCUGGGGAACGUGGGGGUCCCCCCGUUCAACUAGAGCCGACAGAGCAGGAUGGUCCCAAGGAGAGCUCCAUGGACAGCAAAAUGCAUUUCUUCCAGUUGGCGUGCCGUUGAAGCCAAAGGCAGCUUGACUGAUGUGAGGUGGCCGUUCCACCUGGUCCAAGCCGGAGGCAUAGAGAAAAGGGAAGUGGGGAACAAGGACAGGGCCAGGUAGGACGGAUCCACAUGACAAGGCCCAAGAAAAGACUCAAGCUGAGGGCAGAGCGUGCAGGAUACCCCGUGCUCUCUGGGGGGAAGCCAGCCCCUCCUCAACUGUGGCCUGAGCAGCUGAUGUGGUCCCCAGUGCUGCACGCUGUGCUCCCCGUGCAGAGGAGAGGAGCAAGGGGCAGGCUGCCAGGAGUCCCCACUCCGCCAGGCUUCUCUGAGCUUGGGUCAGCUCCUAGUGAAACAUUGCACCCCAGGGAACUGGAGGACUUCUGUGAAGAUGGGCAUGGAAAACGGGGUGUCUCUCACACAGCUCCCAGGAGUCAGGUGGGACCCAGGCUUGGGAGGAUCUUUCUGUCUCACAUUCCUGGCAUCACCCCAAGUUUGUUUCUACUUUCCAGAAACCACAGAAACGGAAGUAACCUGCGGCAGGCUUUCGAGGCCGGCCAGGCACUCUGUGAGUGAGGGCUCCCAUAGCCGCUAAGGGCAGCCCGCAGCCAGGUGGCCUCACCCACUGCCCAGAAUGAGACUGCCCUUUCCCAGUCCUUCCCCUUGCCACAGCCUCACCGUCGCGCUAACUUCCCUCCUCCAGCUCUGGCUCUCCACCGGCCUCUCAAGCAGCAGAAUCAGCCUACGCUCCCCAGCCUUGGUGCCCCUGCCCCACACAGGUCAUCCUGGUGACCAGUUUCCCAAAUGCUGGCUCCCCAAGGAGACAAUGUGGCCCAUUCCUCCUCCUCCUCCAUGGUGGCCCAGGCAGCAGGGCCCAUGGUGGAGGCCUCAGGCAGCUUUCUCUCCAGCUACCCAUUGGCCUGGGACAGAUACACAGAUAAAGUAGAGCAGAAACAUGGGCCAAGACAUCCCCAGACAAGGAGGGCACAAGAGGCCACAUUUGAAAGCCCUGGGAGAAAAGCCCUUUCCCCUGCCUCUGGCUAGCGUGCUUUUCUGUCUGAAUGGCCUCCCUUUCAUGCACGCUCAAGAGACACACGGUCUACAGGCAGCCUCUUGGUGAAGCCGCUCCCCUGGGCUUGUCCACGUAGGAGGCCCCUGGCCUGUCCAGGCCAUAGCAAUGCUUAAUUUACAUUUUUAGAGCUGAAUCUUAUUCCAGCACCUCCACCACUCAGUAGUAAAAUAACACACUGAAAUAAGUUGAGUCAUUUAGCGAGCACCUCCUGUGUGCCAGGCUCCUAGAAAGACAGGGAGCCAGUGCCCUGCAUAGUCAACAGACUGCCCCGGACAGCCUGCUCACCUCGCCUGGCACAAUGCAUGCCCCUCAGGGAGAAGCCCUCCUUCUCACCCAGGGAUUCCAGCCAUUGUCACCUUCCCUGGUCCAUACUCAGGAAAUCUGGUCACCCUGGCAAACUGCAGCUGACAUUGAGGUCCCUUUUCUUCACCAAAGAUGCACAGGUGUCUGUGCUGAGCUGAUGUCAUUCAGGCCAAGUGCAGAGGAUGUGAUGGGGGUUGGAGGGAGGACAUGGAGAGAGAGCAGGGAGCUCCUAUUCUCCCAUGGCUAUCUCUGCCCCAUGGCACCCACAGAUCCCUGGCCCUUCCAGGAGUAAGUCCUGGGCAGGCAGAGCUGGAGUUGGCCUGAUCCCACCUGCCUUGCUCUUGGAAAGGACAUCAGGUGUGGGCAAAGCAUCCUUGGAGCCCAGACAGCACAGGCAUGGCCCAUGUGCCCUCCCAGCACCUGCUGUGAUGGCAUCAAGGCCUCACAGCCCCUGCUGCACCACACCACUCCAAGCCCCUGGGUGAGCCCCCUGGAAUUGUCUGCAUGCCACAAGCCCCAACAGGAAGAAGGGAAAGGAGGGGAAUCUGAUGCUCAGUGCCCACUGUGUGCCAGGCUCUGGGCUCAACCCUCUGAUAUCCACACAUCUCAUUCUCCCAGCCUGUGUGGACGGUGGGGUUAAGCUCAUUCUUUAGAUGUGGAAAUGAAGGCUCCAGGAGACCACAGGACACGCCCAAGGCAAAGAGUUUAUAGUUCCUGGAUUUGGGAAUCAAGUGCAAGUCUAUCUACUCCCAGGGUAGGACAUGUCUCUAAAACGUUGAUCAGUCUGAAGCUUACAGACUGGAAACCGGGCCAGGUCAGCCAGGGUGGUGGAGUCCAGAGAUAGAGAUAAGGCUGCAGGCAGGGGAGAGAACAGCGAGGAUCCGGGGCCAGGGUGACUUCAGUGACAUUCCCUCCCUCCUUAAGCACGAGAAAUCGUUCGGAUAAAGGACAGCUUCUGCCUUCCCUACCAGGCAGACAGGACACUCACCGUGCCAGCAUGAGCAGACACAGCCAGAGGCUCAAGUGCCCUUGCUGAGUGUCCCACUGCUCUUGGGGAGGCCCCAGCACAGCCUGCAGAGAUGCAAGUGAGGAAGUGCCCGGUGCCCUCGGCAGAGAGAUGGCAGAAAGCAGAGGGAGGAAGGGGGAGCUGACCGAUGCUGGGUGUCUUGUUCCACUGAGGUCAGAACCUCCAACAGGCCGAGCAGACCCAGGCCACGUUGCUCGGGGAACAGGACACCAGGGCGCCAGACUGGAGGCCCGCAACCUUCACUUCUGGCUCCUGUGGGGGCGCUGUACUGUCCAGGCCCUUGGCAGUGACUCUGCCUGCAAGAAUGACAAAUGCCAACAUAACCACAUCUUCCUUUUAGUUGCCACAACUAUUCAGUUUUGUUUUAUCCAUCAUGUCCCCCAUAUGCAUGUAAUGAAACAUUUGUGAAAAUCACUUUAAUAAUAAACAGGAAAUGAACCUAAA